AUGUUUGAAGAGUGGGAGCGAAUGAUCAUCCGUUUAGAUGUAUGGCACUUCAUGAGGAGGUUUGCUGUGGGUUGCACCACUGACUCUCAUCAGUUGUAUGCCACAUUUAUGAGUCGCCUCAGCCACUGUAUUUUCAUGUGGGACCAGGUUGACCUGGCGGCCCUGAAGAAGGCAAAGCAUGCAGAGCUAGAGGCUAACUGGAAACCUACAUCCGAGGCUGAUGUGUUGCGCAGUAUCAGCCGUAACGAGCUAGCCCUACAUUGCAGGAGAACCACUCGCGGGACCAAGGAGACCCUGGCGCUGAUUGAAAGCCUUAUUCAGGCCUUUGAUGGAGAUGCUGGUCGUGACACUAUGGGAGUCCCACUAAUAAACUCAGCCCGGAUGAGAGAGAUCUUGAAGUCCCAGCGGAAGCAUGUGGCCUGCAUCCAGGAUCCUGUAGGUGUGCAGCUCUACGUGCAGACGGGCACUGUAGUGAAGGGAGGGCACCGUCUGCCAACCUACCGCUGUGCCAGAGGCUCCACUUCGCUUGAGUCAUUUCACCUGCACCUUAACAGAUUCAUCCCAGGUACGCUGGCGAGUGACACCUUCUUCCAGGCAUAUCUUUUGGAUGGACUUGCAAGGUGA